UGCUGUUCUGCUCGUUAAUCAGCGCAGUGCUUUUACCACUCCGCGGGAAUCUCCCCUAAAGUUAUGCUAAUCCUCUCACUUCCGAUGUCAAAAUUGAUUCAUCAUGACGUUGAUCAUCGCCGUUACGGUGUUCAUAGAAAUUUAUGGUUUUGGAUAGGAUAUGAAAGGUUAUAAAAGACGGCUUUGAAAUGUCUUCAAAAAUCAAAUAAUCCCAAUCAAUCUAUCAUCUUUCUCAAAUCAUCCAAUCUAUCAUCUUUCUCAAAUCAUUCAAUCAUGCAAUUCACAACAUUUUCCGCUAUUGCUUUUGUAGCAAGUGCCAUGGCAAUGAUGACCAAUCAAGCAAAAGCAGCUCCUGCGGUACGAGACUGUGCCGAAGCAGAUACAUAUGGUAAUUUCAACGUUGAACACCCUCCAACGUUGAAAUACGGUGAUAAGAUCACUGUUACUUUCACGCGAAACUGUAGGUCGGUUGCAGAUUACUAUCCGCAAUAUUUGACUCUUGAUAUCGGAGACACACAACCAGUUCCUGAACCAUUGUAUCAGGUUAAUGGCCCAAAGAAAAUGGACUCACAUAAAGUAGGCACAUUGUUGGAGUACACUACCACAUUUCCUGAUAUUGACCUAUCAGGCUUUUAUAAAGGUGACAAUUUGACUUUUGUGGCUACCACUCAAUUUUUCACAAAAGGUCCACAUGGAGGUAAAGUCGACUCCUUGAGAACCUUCCAACAAGGAUUCACUUUCAACAGAACAAGUGAAUGAGCCAAGAUCGCUUUCUUGUCGUUCUGAUUCAUACUAUAUGCCCCUUUAGACUCUAGAUUCUUUCAUCUCCUCAAUACAAUUUGUUUGCUCGUUUGAUCAUGCGUGUUUUAUCACCCUCUUGAACGAAAGCGCG